UUCUGGAAUUCCAACAUGGCAGUAGAUGUGGUCAGUAUUUCUAUGGUGGUCAGUCUCUCCAGCCCUGACUUGGAAGCAUUCCAGAACAUCCCCGACUCGGAGUAGCCCUCAUCCCCCGUUCUCAGCAGCACGGCUGGACGCUGUCGCCGUUCUCCGGCGCCGAACAGUUUGGGGUUCCUGUCCGCUCAAAACACUAUUUAUUUGCAUGUGGUGCGUGUCCUUCAACUUACUGGAAAGUCUUUCGCUUUGUGGAAAUCACUGAAGUGAACCUUUCACUCCUUUUUUUCGCUCUCAGUCACCUUGCUGAUGUCAAGCAAUAUGAUCAGCGGUGUAUAUGGCGUGACCAUGCAGUGGAGCCCUGAGCAGUCCCAGUGGGCGGAGCAACACUAUGACAUCACCUCCACCACUCGUUCACCAGGGCAUAAGAUCGAAGCACUUAGGGAUCCAAGGCUAACAGGUUCGACCUCAGCUGCAGCGUAUCAACAUUCGUGGGCAAACGAUGACAUUUCAGCUCUGACCGCUUCGAACCUGCUCAAAAGGUAUGCAGAGAGAUAUUCGGCCAUUCUGGAUCUACCCUGUGAGAGUGGACUUAUGGGAUAUCCAGACACAGCCAUUUCAGUUAGCGUUAGGGGACCUGGUGUUGUGAAUAACGGGCCGCCCUUUCUUAAUGGACGGAAGGUGGAGGCAGAGCCUUGGCUGGAGAGUGUCUACCCUCCGUUAGGUUGCGUCCCCGAGCUUCUUCCCAAAGUACCACUCAGUGUGACGGAUGUGUCUGUCAGUGCGUGUAACUCACCGGUUAUAGGCAGCGGGAGUCUUCCGGAGCCUUGUUUCUCCAGCAGCAGUUGUAACGGUCAGACUGGGAAUCAGGAGUACAGCAGCACUCCCUACAGCACUCCCUUCCUGCAGCCUGUAGGCACUUACGGUGGCUCUCUUUUCCACCCCACCCCUUCCCAUGCCAGUCUGGUAUCAACCUACAAUGUUAGCACCUCACCAAACCUAGUUGCAUACAGUUACCCUAACACCCGUUACCCCUCACAUGCCGUUCUUCCUGCUGGCUACAGUCCUCCCCCUCCUCCUUCGGCGUACCUACCUGCAGGUAUAACUCCUCCUAACCCUCUUCCAGCUGUGGGAUACUCAUACCCAGCCACCAGUGUCUCUGAAAGUGAUGCCCCAAGCCUUUCAAAAUCAUAUUACCCAUCAACUCAAAGCGAGAUUGGAGUGUUUGAGGAGUUUGAUUUUGGCGGCAACUCUAAUUCAGACUCUAGAUCUGAAGGCAGCCCCCUAUACAGACCUUCAGGAGACGAAACGGUGGACAAGCAAAAUGGGUUCAACCGAUCGGCUGAUGUAACAUCUUCAUCCUUCAAGCCAGCUAAUCAUGGAGACUCUUUAAGAAGCUUGGAGACUCUCACGGUAGCCAUGAGCGGACGAAACAAUAGUACAUCCGGACAACACUUCCCAUCUACCUCAACUUCUGUUGUCACUUCUCAUCAACAUCUCUGCCUUGACACAAACACACCUUGAGCGGUUGUGCUCACACUCAACCAGAAGUGCUUGAGCUGAUGAAGUGUGAGUGCUCCUCCUAGUGGAUCGGAGGUAGAGGGUUGGGGUU